AUGACAAUUCAAGCAUCAAAGAAAAUUGCUAGUGUGUUGAUUGUUGUAAUCUUAUUUACAAUAAUUUUUUUCAGCACAAAUCUCUCGGUGUGUAAAAACUGCAUUGUGAAUCAAUGUAUGAAAACAUCAAAGAAUGCGACUCCAGCAGCAUGUAACAAUCCAUGCAAGACAAUAUGUACUAAUGUGGGUAUUAAGAGUUACAUCGUUCCACCUGGUGGUGGUCGUGAUCCAGUAAAAGCAUUCUGCAGAACAUUUACAUGAUUCUGUGACAAUUAAUAGGAAAUAAUAUAAUUGUAUAUUUUCUAUGUAUAUGUCACAUAUUUACAUUUCCUAUCACUAUAUAUCGAUUACUAUCUCAUGUAUAUGUUUAUUCUUUUUCCAAUACAAUUUUUUUUAUAGUUUGAAUCAUGGUAUAAUCAAUCACACUGAACGAUUAGUUGAAGACUCUAAAACUCUUGGAAGAUGUUCAUCUCAACACAUCUACUAGAUGAUUGCAAACGAAUUUGUUCUCAUUUACUAUUUUAAAUUUUCAAAACAGAAAAAAUAAUUGUUUAGCCUAUAGAAACCUAUUAAAUGAUCCUCGUUAGACCAACUCAAAGCAGGCCCAUUUGUAUUCAAAUAUUGUAGUGAUUUCACCUUACUUCUAUCUAACAUUUAUUUCUAUCUAACAUUAGGCAUAACACAUGACAAAUCUAUAAAAAAAAUAAAUGAACCAGCCUAAUCAAAAACUCGAUUCAAACCAAUUUCCGACAGAUAAUCUCCUUUACCCUAUUUUUACCAUAUGAUACAGAAAAUUUGGGAAUGUUGAAAGAUCAAAGUAUACUACGUUAAUAAUGUAAGAAAGGAUCAUAUGAUAAUGAUAAGGUGGGUGGUCACGAAAAGCUUAAAACUGUGUUUGAGGGAAAGAAUAUUUAACGCGGCUCCUUCAGCAAUCAAAGUAACAGGCUAUUCAAAAAUUCUUUGCUUUAGCAGUCUCUAAAAAGUAAAAUGGGCC